AGUUAACACCUUUAAAAAUGGAGAGGAAAAACUUUGCUACUCUAAACCUUACUGAAGAAGAGAGGAAGUUGAUCAACUCUCGGGCUCCAUUGCUGACCAAUAUGGCGUUUAACUCGAACCUUCUGUUUGGAAAAGCAAAGCUCUCCACUAACGAUAUUAUUCAGAUGACUUUAGACAAUGACAUUAUUAAAUAUGUUCGUGAGUUAAAUAAAUGUGUAGAAAAAGGAGAUAACCAAGCCCUCUCCUGAAUAAUGAGACUUAACUGCCCAUAUUCACUAGCUAGAUAUGCCCAGUGCACUGUAAAGUACCCCCAAGGAAUGGAGAAUCUCUGCAUGAACUACAAGCAGGACAUUGAAAGGUGUUACCAGAGGCCUAUCAGGAACGCUACCUUGUCCAUCUACAGUGACCUUAUUAACUCACGUCAUAUAUUCUAGUCUUCUAAAA